UUGAUUUUAUUUGUUGUGUCGAGAUCAGAGUUUUUAAAACUUAGUCAAAUGUCUGAUAAAAAUGAAAAAACUGAAAACAUUUGCGUUUUUAAAAAUAGAUUUUCAGGCAAAAAGCGAAAUUUCAAAAGUAGAAAUGCCAAAAAAUCAUCAGAAGAAGGCAGUAGUGACGAUCAGCAGCCAGCCUCUUGCGUUGUCAGGCUGGAUAAGAAAUCCAAUUCAUUGAAUCCACUUGUCCAAAAUUCAAAAAAGCCCAAAGUGAGAAGAAAAUCUAGCAGUGGAGAUGAUGAUGAAAAAGAAGAGGAUGGUGAUAAUCACAACAGGCUCUUUGUAAACUAUAAAUCAAAGGCAGAUACAAAUGCCGAGAAGGAUGACCAAGGAGCUACGAGGACCUAUGACCUGGACACAGAACUAAAUAAAGAUGCCCAGGCCGUAUUUGAAAGGGCACUGAUCAUUAACAAGGAACUUAAAGGCAAAGAGGAUGACAAGAUAUACAGAGGUGUGAAUAAUUACGCUCAGUACAUCGAGAAAAGAGAUACGGCCGCCGGAAACGCCGCCUCCGGGAUGGUUAGGCGGGGACCAAUCAGAGCACCGGCUCACUUGAGGGCGACGGUCCGAUGGGACUACCAGCCUGAUAUCUGCAAGGAUUACAAGGAAACCGGAUACUGUGGAUUCGGAGACAGUUGCAAGUUCUUACAUGACAGAGGUGACUACAAGCAUGGCUGGCAGUUGGAGAGAGAAACUGAAUUAGGAUUGGACGCUAAGCAUGAAGAUAUGAGUAAGUACGAGAUAUCAAGUGACGAAGAUGAUGACCUGCCAUUCAAGUGCCACAUUUGUAGAGAGUCAUUCGUCAAUCCCAUCGUCACCAAGUGCAAGCAUUAUUUCUGUGAGAAUUGCGCCCUGAGGCACUACAAAAAGACCACCAGAUGUUUCGUGUGUGAUGAACAAACCACCGGCGUUUUUAAUCCCGCCAAAGAAUUAAUCGCCAAACUUGAAAAGAGGAAGAAAGCUGAGGAAGAAAAGCAGGAUAGCGAUGAUGAUGAUGACAAAAACAAUAAUAAUAAUAAUAACAAUAAUAAUAAGAACAAAAAUGAUCAUCAUCACCAGCAUCAUCAUCAUCAUGCCAGACAAAAUGACGUCAGCGUAACGAAAUCGGAAAUAAGUACGUUAAUUACCGCUUAAUAAUCUCCAUGGCGACGAAAUGAAAAACUUGGCACUCCUCGGAAUGAGACCGAGGUAAUAAUCAAUGUAUAAUGGAUAGCGCUGAUGAUAAAAGAAAGGACAUUCCGUUAUAUUGCAUGUACCAAGGCCCAGGACCGGCCUACAACCUGAGAACAUGCAUCGGAAUGAAGAAUCACUGUCCAACAUUGAAGCAGGGCCCUGCCUAUUCAAUCGGACACAGAACAAUGGAAAAACACGAAGAGAAACCAGGUCCAAUAUAUUGGUACGACCCUAAGCUAACCUCGCACGGUAAGGUGCAUGUGCCCGCCUGCUAUAUUGCCGGCAGGCCAAAAAAUAAACCCUCUGCUGAGAGCCUGCCUGGCCCGGGUGAUUACGACCUGACAAAAACCAAAACCGGGAUUUUGAGCAACGAGCAUCGAGCGCCGAAGAUUUCAAUCGGCCAAAGACCGAAGUGGACCGAAAAAUCGAACGCCCCACCUCCCAACAAGUACGACGUGACCACAGGGAUUGGGACUCGAUCUCAGACCGCUCCCAUUGCUCCCUCUUGGAGCAUCGGCACGAGAACAGAUUUCGGUAGCACGAGUUACAUGGCCUUGAAAGGAGCCACGCCAGGGCCUGCCAACUACUCUACUGUCAAGCCGGGUGUGUACAAACCCUCUCACAACGGAUUUUCGAUCCAGGGCCGAACGGCACAAAAGCAGUACAUCUCCGUCAGGGACAACCCCGGACCCAACACGUACGAUCCGCAGAACGCCUACAAACAUCUCACGAAGAAGAAUGGAUUUACCAUGGGAAUCAAACACUCAAAAUACGUCAUGCCUCUUAUUGACACUACAAUUGUGUGAAUAUGAUUGUGUAAAACAAAUGCUGAUUUUCACUCCAUUUUCACUCAGUUUAGUCUUGUUAUCUUUUGACUGUUGUUUCAUUUGAUCUUCCAGCUUCUAUGAAAACUUGAAAUUCACUUGAAAUACUCUGUUGGCGUAUUUAACGUUGAAGUUUUGGAGUUUUGAUUUCACGCUACCAAAACUUGAAAGAUAAUCAAACGUCGGACCUGCGCCCGUUAUAAAAUUGUGUAAGCUAACUUUCAUUAUUUAUUCAUGCUUGUUAUAAAUAAACCAUUUAUUCGAAUUCUCUCACUCUCUCUUUCUUUCUCACACUCUUUCUCUCGCCUGUUCCCAACCCUAAUAUUCAAUACAAUUUGUUUCAUGUGUGAGCAUCUUCAAAUUGGUGAUAACGUUUCGAAGUUUAGGGACAUUGUCAUGAAAAAAACAUUUGGUAACAUUUU